CCGAGAAAGUUUAUAAUUUCUUUUAUACAAUUAAUUCGUGUACUAUUCACGUGACAUAUUAUUUUGACAAACGUUUCGAUACGGAAGAAAAUUCUUCGUUUUAUACUAUCCUACUUGGAAUCACAUGAUCUAAUAUGCGCGGGUACAAGAUUGUGAAUACACAGAUGCCUAAUAUUCUAUGAAAAGUCAAUAGAAUAAAAAAAGACCAGAAAUUAAAUGACAGCAGAAAUAUAAAAUGUUUGAAUCUCCAAGAAGUCUCCAGGAAGUUUGCAUCGAUUUCAUCUGCGGUAACGUUCUAGGCUUGUGUGAAGUUCAUCUCGGUGAUACAAGUCUACAUUCUUCCAGUAUUCCCAAUAGUAGCACUGUUUCCAAUCAACAAGAUGUCUGUACAUUGAAUAGUAAUAGUGCAGAAGUUGCUUUUGAUACUACAAUAAGUAGAACAUUAUCUAAUGAUGCUCCCUCCAACUCUGCAACUCGGCUUACCUUUAAGCAUCCAGAUGCCUUUUUGCCGGCCGAAGUAUCGGAGCAAUUAUUAUCCAACUUGUGUGAAAAAAAAACUUUGUCCGACUUGACAAUUACACUCUUUGACUCCAAGACCACUAGAUUAAGGCAUGUACGACUGAAAGACGCGUCGACAUUAUCAACUAAAGGCUUAAGUGUUCUUAAGCAACAUAAAGUUGUAGAUUUAAUAGUAAAUGGACUUAAAAUAACUGUUAAUGAUUUAAUUAGUUGUUUAGGUGAUUGGAGCAUACAAAACCUUAGGUCGCUAAGUGUAGCUAAAGGAAGCUUUAUGGAUUUUUCAAGACAACGCAUGGUAGAUAUUGCAACAUUAAACAAAUUAAAGGCACUUCACACUUUGAAUGUCUCAGGAACAGAAUUUAAUAAACAUGGUUUGGAUAUAGUAGUCGAAGAUCUUCCCCUUUUAGAGAGCUUAGAUAUAUCUUGUACAAGAGUUGAUGAUAUAACACCGUUAAGAAAAUGUAAAAAUCGUUUAAAGACAUUAAAUAUGUACAAUUUAAAGAUAAGUGGGUGUGGAAGUUUAAUACCAGUAUUAUUGGAGUUAAAUGAAUUAAGACAUUUAGACAUUUCCGAUGAGAAAGAUCCACAUGGUUUUGAAGUUUUUGCACCAGCUAAACCAAAAAUAACUGAUUUUCUAAGAGCUCUUAAUUGUAUGCCUUAUUUGACGACUUUAGACUUGUCGGGUAAAGAUGAUAUAAAUCCGAAAGAUUUAAAAAAUUUUAUUGCAUCACAUGGAAACUUGAGAUUUCUGGGACUGGUGCAUUCUGAUGCUUGUUAUGAUGAAAGUUUCAUAGAUUCGACACAUAAAGAUUAUAGACCCGAACUUGUUAUUAGCGGUACAGCGACAGAAUCUCAAAUUUUGGAAGCUCUUAGAAGGUACACGUACAGGCCAAUAUAUCUUCAAAAAUGUUUGUUUAAUUUAUUUCGUUUAACACCAAAUUUUCUCGAACCACGAGUCGAUGUGAUAAAAUUAGUGUUACCUGGAAUGAGAGAGCAUCCACAGGAAUUCCGUGUACAAAUGGCAGCUACUGCAUGUAUUUAUAAUCUCACCAAGGGUGAAUUAGCUCUUAUGAUUCAUCCAUCGAUACUUAAACAGAUAGUUGAAUUAACAUUAUUAGCAAUGGAAUCAUAUCCAACUAAUCAUCAACUUCAAAAAAACACACUAUUGACUUUAUGCAGUGAUAGAAUCUUACAGGAUGUUGCAUUUGACAAAUAUAGAUGUGCAAGAUUAGUUAUGAAUUGCUUAUCGACAUUUGAUGAUGCAUCUAUGAAUCGUAUGUCUGUGGCCAUUUGCUCAAUAUUAGCAGCAAAGAUAUCGACUGUGGAAACAUCUAUGUUAGGUGCACAACCACAAUACAUGUUGAAAUUGCUUUCAAUGGUUAGAUCUAAAGUCGAAUCUAAACUAGUAGAUAUUACAAUGAAAUUUACAUUAAGCGCUCUAUGGAAUUUAACGGAUGAAAGUGCUAUCACAUGCAAAGUCUUUCUCGAUGAAGGUGGAAUGGAAUUAUUUCUUGAAGUGUUGGAUAGCUUUCAAGGAGAAUCUAGUGUAGAAACUAAAGUUCUUGGUCUGUUAAACAACAUUGCAGAGGUUGAUCACUUGAGACCACGACUUAUGCAACCACGAUUUAUAAAAAUGCUUUCUAUGCUGCUUGACUCUGAGCACAUUGAUGUAUCUUAUUUUGCAGCUGGUAUUGCUGCACAUUUGCUUAGUGAUGGUCCUCGAUCUUGGCAUAAUAUGCCAUUGCAACCAAGUAGAGAACAGUUGUUGGACCAACUGGUUCAUGCUGUAACUCAUUGGCAAACACCACAAGGAGAAAUGGUUGCCUAUCGUAGCUUUCAACCAUUUUUUCCACUAUUACGUUGUACAGAUGCAUAUCCCGUUCAACUCUGGGCAGUAUGGGCAAUUCAUCAUGUAUGCACAAAGAAUCCAAAACGUUACUGUACAAUGUUAAUUAGAGAAGGAGGAGUAGAAACGUUAAAACAACUUGAAAAGACAUAUACAGGAUAUACAAAACAAGUGACUUUCACAACUUUUUUGCAAAGUUUAUGUCAAUCAAUUUUGGAAACUCUUGAAUUAAAUUCUUAACAAUAGCUCUGUUGCUUUUCAAACUCUAAAAAUUAAAUAUCAUGAUAUGCUA